CCUCACAUACGGUCAUCGGUCUAAAGAAUUAGCGAUGCUAGGAGAGAACUAACUACGCCAAAUUAGGAAAAUGUUUACAGCCUGUGUGAGAGCUUUUCGGAGAGGAGCCCGACAUAGUUCUCGACCAAUCUACAAGCAAAACUUAGCUUGCGUGCAUUUGAGGCUAAGGAAGAAGUUAUAACGGUGCACUGUUUAGGAAGGUUCAUAGCUUUGCCCUAAAAAAUCAUUUGCACGUGCACGGAGGGCACCAGAAGCGUGCGUGCUUUGAAGGUUUAGUGAAAGGGCGGGAGCGAAUCUUCGUUCCCUUGUGUGCUGCUCUACUCACUAACCAAAUAUGCGGAGGGUUAUGAGAGAGGGUAUAGAGAGUUGAGGCAGCACUUCUACUUAUGCUUGAUCGCUCCAUUCUAGACGACAAAAUGGCGAGCGUUGCAGCGGCCAUUAACCAGGCAGCGCCCUCAAAAACCCUAGAUUCAUCUUUGUGGUGGGACUCCUUUGUGUCUCUUCUCACAGAGCUUGAAAACCUGUCGCCACCGGCGUCACAUCCUCCCCCUUCGCUGACGAAGAAGCUCGAGGACAAUAAGGGAUGGCUUCUUAACACUCUUGCCUUUUUUAAGCCACCAAGUGUGGAGUCAAGGUCUGCUUUGGACUCUCCAAGUAUCGCACUGGGUUCGCAUCGUGUGGUUAUAAACACAAAAUUGACGGAGGUUGCUCUUAGAGUCGGCUCUCUCCUGGAUUUAAAUGAAGUGCAAGCGUACAUUUUAGUGAGUAGGUCCAUUGAAGUCCAUCAAGCGGCUGUUGACAACAAAUUAGAGGCGUACCUACCUCAGAUCAUGAUCCAGUACAAUCUUGAAAGGCAAUGUCUGCUGAAGUGCACUCGGCAGAUUCUGCUGCAUGCACUAUCUAUUGGUAGUAGUGCCCCUGAAACCGAUGCCAUCAAGAAGUUUGCCAUGGAGCUAGUACAUGAUGGCCUGGAAAGAACAGCAUUUGAGACCCUCAUGAAUCUUCUCUCCUCUAAAAACCCAGAGCAAAUGUUACAGGAUGUUGAUCUUGCAAAUUUGUGGGCGGAGGAGACUUUGAUUGAAGAUAACCUGAUCUUGGACAUUCUUUUCCUUGUUUAUUAUGAACCUUUUUGUGCUUGUACUUCAGAGCAAUGGAAAAAAUUAUGCUCACUUUUUCAGGAAGUGUUGCGGGGUACGUGUAACAUUGGCCGGUUAGCUGUGUCAGCAGAAGCAAGAAGGUCCUUGUGCCAUGUCAAAAUUCAGUUGCUUCUCAUGCUUUUAGAGAACUUGGACUUCGAGAAUCUUCUUCUUAUGGUCCAAGAUGAUGUCCCACUAAGUCGGGGCCAUUUUGGAUUUUCUUUGGAAGAGGUGCAAGAGAUGGACUGUUUGAUAUCAGGGUUUUGUACUUUGAAUAUGGAAGAAGCGGGGCCUUUGAUCCUUGCAUGGGCUGUUUUCCUGUGCCUUUUAUCGUCACUUCCUGAAAAAGAAGAUUCCAACAUGCUGAUGGAAAUUGAUCAUAUUGGUUAUGUUCGACAAGCAUUUGAGGCCGCACCAUUGAAGUACAUUCUUGGAAUCCUCCACUCGGACAUGUUGGGAGAUUCUGAGGGGCCUACUACUGGUUAUAAAAGUGUUCUGAAAACGCUCAUAGCCGCAUUUAUUGCUUCUUACGAUGUAACGGAUCAGCUGGACAAUGGUAGUUUCAACCUCAUAGUGGACAUCCUUUGUGAAAUUUAUCAUGGGCAGGAGUCACUUUGUUUGCAGUUCUGGGAUAAAAGUAGUUUUAUUGAUGGUCCAAUCAGAUCUCUCCUUGGUUUACUGGAGGAAGAAUUCCCUUAUCAGAUGGUGAACUUUGUUCGCUUAUUGUCUGCACUUAGUGAAGGAAGUUGGCCUGCUGAAUGUGUGUACAAGUAUUUAGAUAAGAUGAGCGGGAUGACCUCCUUAUUUGAGGUUUCUGGUGCUCAUUUAUCUGCAAAAACUCUACAGUUGGUACAAACUGACCGACAUCUUCAGUUUCAUGGAAUUGAGGGGCUUUUUAUUCCUUAUGGAACUGUUGGUGCGGUUAUGAAAGUUAUCGAUGGAAAUGUUGCUCUCGUUCGUUGGGAGCUUCCUCAGUCUGGACUGCUGGUGCUGCUUGUAUGUUUAUGUCAAGAAUUUCAUCAGAUUAAUUUUGAGGAAAUGCUUACGAUUUCGGAUCUUCUUUGCCGAAUGGUCACGUUUAGCACGGCUUUGCGCAUAUACUUGACGGACAUUGGGAAUUCUUUGCCGUUGCGAGGUUCUUUGAUGGGUGGGCACGUGGAAGAGAAUUUGCGGGUUGAUGUGGUGGCUAUCAUUUGCAAUGUCGUUGACAAUCUCGUCUCCAACACUUGCGAUGGUAAAGCAUUGUCCAAGUGUGUUACUAUUCUGGGAAUGUUAAUGAAAUGUUCCCCUGCAUGGGUUGUUGCUAAGAUGCUGAGGACAAAACUCUUUCUUCCAGUUACAGAUGGAACAUUAAGUGGGAUGUGGUUGCUUUCUGGUGGGCUGGCAAAAUUGUUGUCAUUUGACAUUGAUCAAAAUGGGGAGACUAUGUUGGUCUCAGUUCUAGACAUCACUAUGUCGCUUGUGGAAAUCGGUGCAGAAAAUGAAGUGGCAUCUUCCCUUGUUGUUUUUGCUAUUCAAUUUGUUUUAGUGAAUAAUGAGCAUUGGAAGUACCAAUCGAAACAUGUCCGCUGGAAAAUAACAUUUAAGGUUUUUGAGAUAAUGAAGAGAUGCAUCAAGUCAACUGAGGAAUUACCUAAACUAGGUCAUGUGGUUAAGGAUAUUGUUUUAUGCGAUCAUUCUGUUCACAAUGCCCUCCUCCAAGUACUAUGCAUAACAAGCAGGACAUUGGAGAGGCUAUAUGUCAACCGUCUGUAUGAUCCCAAGGAGAUUAACAGCUUACAACUUGCUCUUUGCUCUGCAUUGGAUAUCGUGUUUGCGACGCUUUCUGAUCUUGAGGAGGAUGCUGGCAUGCCAAUUUUCCACCAGGCAUUGUUGUGCUAUACAACAAAACCAGUUCCUGUUGUUACAGCUGUGAUGUCACUAAUAAGCUUCUUUCGCAAUCUGGAGAUACAAGUGGCUGCAACAAGAGUGCUUUCUGGACUAUGUUUUAUUGCACAGAAGGCACAUCCAUACUCGAUUGGGAUUUUAAGCUUUGUCAGUGAUGAUAGAGAGGUAAAUGAUCUGAAUGCUGCAAUAUGUUACAUUCUUUCCGAGGAAAGGCCUAGAAGUGAGGAUUUAUUUAUUGCUACAAUGAACCUGCUUACAUCUGCUGCACAUUAUCAGCCUGCUUUUCUUUUUGCUCUGUUUUCCAUGGAGAAAAUGGUCGAGUUGCUCUCCAAAAGAAGCAAUAACAUGGAUGACAAACAUUUGAGUGCUGCCUCGACCUUGUCAUCAACUUUGAUGGAUAGACCAACUGUUGAUCUUAAGGUUUUACUCUUGAAUUUUGUUCAAAGAUCGAAUCAUCUGCUUGAAAGCCAUCCUCGUAUACUUCUAAGCGUGCUCAACUUCCUGAAGACUCUGUGGCUUGCGGGUGAUCAAUAUAUGAAGAUCUUGGAGCAUUUGUGCUCCAAGAUGUUUUGGGAACAUGUAUCUUCUUUCGUCUCCUCAAUUACUACCAGAAAACCUUCUUCAGCAAAUAUGAACUUGAACAGCACCCUAACCCUGGCUUACCAGUACCAAUGCCAGUCUACAGUCUUAGAAAUAAUGGGUAAUGAUAUCUUUUUACAGCAAAAGUUGUUGCAUGAUAAGUCGCUUGAACAUUCCAAGGUAUCAGGUGAUGCAAAACGGAAUGCCGGGAACUAUUCUGUGUCAAUUGCUGGUGCUCAUCCCGGUCCUCAACACAUAUUGUCAAAUUGGUGUGAGGGUUCAAUUAUGCAGGAUCUGAUCAAAGAAUACACGUUCUCUAUAUAUAACCACGAUAUUGUUCAUCUCGCGAAGAGGGCUGUAAGUCUUUGUAUUGUGCAUUUAAUCAGCAAAGUCUUGGUGGGUGAUGUCAAGUAUUUGACUCUGCCGUUUACAGCCAAGAUAAGGAUGAUAUACACAAAGUUGAGUGAACAACCUGCAUUUAUUGAGCUCUUAGAGCAAUAUGCGAUGCAAGGUUACAGCAAGACAGAAGAACUGCAUGCUUUAGUUCUUAGUGAUCUUUACUAUCAUCUACAAGGAGAGAUCGAAGGUCGUCAGGUUACUUAUGGUCCUUUCAAGGAACUCAUGCAGUAUCUUCUGGAAAUAAAAUUUUUGCAGACCAACACCCAUAAGGCCUCUCUAGAUUUUCAUUCACCUGUAAAUAAUGCUUAUAUGUUCCUUGAUCCUAUGCACGUACAAGAAGAUAUGGGAUUAGAGUACUGGGACCAUUCAGAUUGGAAGGCAUCCAAAUCAAUUGCAGAGAGUAUGUUGCAACACAUGCAUAAAGCAAAUAUGGUCGUUUUUCUUGCAAAUUCCCAGAAGAUUGUUCUAAAAGCAUUAACGGGAGUGUUCUUGGUAUACGAGAGAAGUUUGAUGGAGAAAAAACCAAUAUCUGAUGCUGGAGUGAUUUCUGAAGCAUCCCUGGAGUCCUCUCUGAAUUGCGUUUGUGAAUGUAUGCAUGAAUUGGUAGAACCCCUACACCCAGCAACGAGUAAUUCUGAAUUUAAACUGAACUUCUUGGCAGCACAGGUAGAAUUACUAUUCAACCUUGCUGAAUGCUUUUAUAGACGAGUUUCGCUGAAUACUAAAAGGAAGCAAUUCUUGUCAGUUUGUGUACUGGUCAUGAAAAAAGCCAGUGUGAUCCUAAAACUUUUAUUGGAUAUUGGACCCUAUACGUCCGGACAUGAUAAUAGCAUAAAGAUGCUCCUUUCUCUUCUUUUGGUAUCGGCAGAGUUUGUUUUGUCAAUAUCAGAAAACUCAGUUUCAGACAGAAAGGAUGUUGAUCAUGCAUCUGCAGACAUAUGUCUCGUGACUUUGGCACUCCUGCCGGUGCUCUGCAGUUGCAUUGAGAAUUCUCAAUUCUGCAGUAUUUCUGUGGCUCUAACUGAUCUUAUACUGAGAAGCUUCCUGGCUUCAAGUACUUGGGUUCCUGUUCUACAAAAGCACCUUCCAGUACUAUCUCUCGUUCGUUUACUCCAGCUAGAUAAAGCUUUUGUCUCCAUAACCGUAAUCUUGAAUUUUGUACUGACACUUGCACGUAUAAAAGAGGGUGCUGAGAUGCUUCAUUCAGGAAAUUUCUUGUUGUGCCUUAAGUCUUUGUUUGAGCGCUUCUUGAAUGAAAAGGCUAAUACCCAUUAUCCCGAGGAUAACAGUCUCCCUGGGCAGAUAUGUAGUCUUGGCAUGGCAAUUGUCACUGCAAUGAUUAAUUCAAUAGGUGAUGAUCCUUCUCGCAUCUCUGCGAUGGGGGAUACAAUGUUGUACUUCUUCUCAGAGAAGGCAUAUGUGAUUUAUUCACUAUCUGCUCCAAACAUUCCUGAAGAUGACUGUCGCAACAAGAAGGCCCGUUUGAGGAAGACUCAAACCUCUUUGACAAUGCUUAGGGAGACAGAGCACGCUCUUGCCUUAACCUGUAGGCUUGCUAGGAAUAAUGGCACAUGGGUUAAGGCCAUGAAAGGUAUGGACUCCCAACUAAGAGAGAGAAGCAUACAUCUCUUGGCUUUUAUUAGCAAGGGACCACAGCGCAUUAGAGGAUUCUCAGAUGAGAGUAUGCCUUUCGUCUGCCCUCCCAUCCUCAAAGAAGAGUUGCAAUUAUGUGAGAGGCCCCCUUUUAUUAACAGCAAGCAUGGAUGGUUUUCACAUUUGGCCUGGGCUUGUAUAUCCAAAAGUAAGAUGAUAGAAAUAAAGGACUCUAAAACUGCCACUCGAAGCAUGCAACAAACAUAUUAUUCCAAUGUAGUGGCUGUACAAUUGUACAGAAUUGCUUCUCUUCUUCUGAAUUUUCUGUCUUUUCAAGCUAAAGUGGCGGCUAAACGGGCCGAGGAGGUUGGGAUCAUUGACCUAGCUCAUUUCCCAGAGCUUCCAAUGCCUGAGAUUUUGUAUGGUUUACAGGAUCAGGCUGUCGCUAUUGUCACGGAGCUAUGUGGUGCUGACAAACCAAAUCAACGUCUGCCUGAGGUUCAGAAUGUAUGUUUCUUGCUCUUGCAGAUAAUAGAAAAGGCCUUGUAUCUGGAACUGUGUGUCUCACAUAUCUGUGGGCUCCAACGAGUAUCUGGGCGUGAUGAAGAUUUUUCAAAGGAAAUCAGGGCCCUGAUUCGAGUCACAGAGGAUAACGCAUUUCUAGAAGCGUCAUUGAAGUCCCUGAUGCAGAUUGUGGCAAUUGUCUACCCAGGGUUAUUGCAGUCAGAGGGGAUGCUGUAAUGGGUUUUGUUUAAAUGUGAAAGUGUUGUUCUUAGUCCUCGAUGAUUGGAUUAGCUUCCAGAACCAAGAGGAACAUGUAAGCAUGAACAGUAUUCUACAGUUGUCUACUGGAAUUGUGAAUUUCUGGUUAUUUUCGUCUUUUUGAUUGGUAAGUAGGUGCUUUGAACUGGCAACAUAGUGUGUAUACUGAGGUAUCAGUAAUAGGUCUCAAGGUAGAGCUCAAAUUAUUUGUUGGAUUUUCUAUUUGGUCAUUGAGCCAAUUCU